ACUUUAAGAACUUUCUCAAAAAUACUUCAAUUUAAAAUCUGAACAAAAAAAAACUAUUUUUAGAAAAAUGGCUUACUCUACAUUAUUAACACUGUCCUUUCUUUUGGCCGCUGUUUUUAUCCUGACACCCACUUACACUGAAGCCAAAUGCAAUUUAUGCAGUGAUUAUGGUAUUGCUUGCGUUAACGAAACUGCUUUUAAUUUGUGCAUUGCAGGCAAGCCCGAUACAAGCAAUGUUUUUAACUGUCCUUCGGGAAAAGUUUGCAGUGCCACGAAGUUAAAAUGCGCAGAUGUCUUAAGCGGCGCACAACCCGCUUGUGAACCUAAUAAGGGAUGCGGAAUUUGUGAUGGUUACAAAUUAUUUGCCUGUACAAGUCGCACAACUUUCGCUCAAUGUAAUGGCACAACUUUGACUGAAAAAAAUAUAAAUUGUCCCAAAGGUUUAACAUGUAGUACACAAAAUACCGAAAUAUGUGUGAAUGCGUGCGAUAGGCCAACUACUUAUGAUUGCGAUCGAGAGACACCAUUGUAAAUUUAAUGGCUUUACGAAAUAAAUUUUUGCGUUUUUUU